CAACAAUAUCACAUCAUCCACGGCAGCAGACUGUCAACCCAAUCCAACCAAGCACAUCAUUCGAAUCACCGGAAUCGACUUUGAUAUCAAGAUCUUCAGCCCAAAGACCUUCAGCCCAAUAUGUCGGAACGGAAAGUGCUACAGAAAUAUUAUCCUCCCGACUUUGACCCCUCCAAGAUCGUUCGGACCCGCGCUCCGAAGAAAGCUGGACCAAAGGUUCAGACUGUGCGUUUGAUGGCGCCGUUUCCGAUGAAGUGUACCGCGUGCGGAGAGUAUAUCUACAAAGGCCGGAAGUUCAACGCGCGCAAAGAGACCACCGAAGAGAAAUACUAUUCCAUUCCCAUCUACCGGUUCUACAUCAGGUGCACGAGAUGCUCGGGUGAGAUUACAUUUAAGACAGACCCGAAGAAUAUGGAUUACCAGUGUGAGAGGGGUGCGAAGAGGAAUACGGAGCCGUGGCGUAUGAAUGGGGCUGGCAAGCAGGAAAGCGACGAGGAAAGGCUGGAUCGGUUGGAGAGAGAAGAGGAAGAGAAGAAUGCGAUGCAGGAGCUAGAGACAAAGACAUUAGAUGCAAAGCGGGAAAUGGCUGUUGCCGAUGCGUUAGACGAAAUUCGGACUCGAAAUGCGAGGAAUGAGAGAAUAGGAAAAGAUGGUCUCGAAGUUACGGUUACAAGGGAGAGCUUAGACGAGGAGAAACAAAGACAGGAGAGAGAGGACGAAGAAGCAGCGAGGAGAGCAUUUAUGAGACGGCAUGAGGCUUUAGAGGAGAUUAUCGAUGAUGAGGAUGAGGAUGAAGCAGGCUCGGCGCCUCCGAUUACAAGAGAAGCUGCGUUAGAGAUGCCGCCUCCUAGCUUCAAGCGGGUUGUCAAGAAGAAGAAAGAUCAUGCUGCCGCUUUAGGGAUCAAGAAGAAACCAUCUCUGGUUUGAUUCAGAUGGGUAUAACACAAGCGUUAUGUUUAAUAUGGAGACGCUGAGGCAAUAAAAGACGCCAGCCUCCGACCUACAGGUCUUAAAACACUCGCUAUUUCCAUCGAAGUCGUGACAACUUCCUUUUUAUCUACCCGUCGAGACUUCUUAUACGAUAUCCUCCAUGAUAUCCUUCAUGAUAUCCUAUGUACUUCAACUCAGAGACAGGCAC